UUCCGUGGAGCCCACCCCAGCGACCAUGAGCUUGCUCUUCAGCGACAGCAGCUGCGGGGCCCGCGCGGCGGGGAGCGGGUGCUGCGCGGCCAUGGCCGGUGCCUGCAGCGCCGCGGCCAAGGACGACAGCCUCGGCGGGGGCACGGGCAACCCUCCCGCUGCCGGCACCGAGGAGACGCAGGGCUACGACGUGGAGUUCGACCCCCCCUUGGAAAGCAAAUAUGAAUGUCCCAUCUGCCUGAUGGCUCUUCGGGAGGCCGUGCAGACCCCCUGCGGACACCGCUUCUGCAAAGGCUGCAUCAUCAAAUCGAUCAGAGAUGCAGGUCACAAAUGUCCAGUAGACAACGAAAUUCUACUAGAAAAUCAACUUUUUCCUGAUAACUUCGCUAAACGGGAAAUCCUUUCGUUAACGGUGAAGUGUCCCAACAAGGGCUGCGGUAUGAAGAUGGAGCUGAGGCAUUUAGAGGACCACCAGUUGCAGUGUGAUUUUUCCCCUGUGGAGUGCCCACAGUGCCAAGGAGCCUUCCAGAAGAACCAUCUGAAGGAGCACAUGACGCAGGAGUGUCGGAGGCGACAAGUCUGCUGUCCCAACUGUGCCACGUCUGUGGCCUAUGAAGAUAAAGAGCUUCAUGACCAAACCUGUCCACUCGCCAAUGUGUUUUGUGAAUAUUGCAACACGAUGCUCAUCAGAGAGCAGAUGCCUAACCAUUAUGACAAUGAUUGUCCUACUGCCCCAGUGCCGUGUUUUUACAGUGCCUUUGGCUGUCCUGAAAAGAUGCAAAGGAAUGAACUGGCACGACACAUGCAGGAGUUCACUCAGGUUCACAUGAGGAUGAUGGCUCAGAGUUUCCAAAAUAUCAGAGUUACUGCUACAAAUCCCGUGCCCUUCAUCAAUGGCCUGCCCUUUGAGCCUGCCCUCUUCUCGCACGUGUCGCGUGCCGCCUGUGACUGCAAUCCAGAGGUUGAAAACUUCAAAGAAACUGUCCAGCAGUUGGAAGGCCGUCUGGUAAGACAAGAUCACCAAAUCAGAGAGCUCAUUGCCAAAAUGGAGACUCAGAACACUCACGUGGCAGAGCUCAAACGUACUAUCCGAAGUUUGGAGGCCAAGAUCACGGAAAUGGAGGCACAGCAGUGCAAUGGUAUUUAUAUCUGGAAGAUUGAGAAGUUCAGUGAACUUCAGAAAGCCCAGGAAGAAGAGAGACCUGUUGUAAUGCACAGCCCUGGCUUCUACACCGGGAAGCCUGGCUACAAGCUGUGCCUGCGCCUGCAUAUCCAGUUACCCAACGCUCUGCGCUGCGCUAAUUUUAUCUCCCUGUUUGUCCACACUAUGCAGGGAGAAUACGACAGCCAUCUGCCCUGGCCUUUCCAAGGCACUAUACGACUUUCUAUUUUGGAUCAAUCAGAAAGCCGUGAAAGGCAGGAUCACGAAGAAGUCAUGGAAGCUAAACCAGAGUUACUGGCCUUCCAGAGACCAACGAUUCACCGCAAUCCCAAAGGGUUUGGUUAUGUGACUUUCAUGCACCUGCAAACCUUGAAACAAAGAGCCUUCCUGAAGGAUGACACCCUUCUGGUGCGCUGUGAAGUUCUAACUCAUCUAGAUUUAAACAGUCUUCGCAGAGAAGGAUUUCAGUCUCGCAGCACGGAUGGACCUAUGUAUCCCCUAAGUCUUCACCAGAGGUAUGGAGCCACCCGUCGUGUUCUUCCUAGAAUCAUAGAAUAAUAGAAUGGUUUGGGUUGGAAGGGACCUUAAAGAUCAUCUAGUUCCAACCCCCCUGCCCUGGGCAGGGACACCUCCCACCAGACCAGGUUGCUCAAAUAGCCAUC